UAUGUUUUUUGACAGAAAAUAACCUGCGAAGACCUUGUAGUAGUUAGUUGGGUCCCAAAUCCCAAUUUUAAUAUUUUAAAAACAUUAGGGAAAAUGGCAGAAAAGUAUGGAAUAUCAGAUGGCGAUUUCAAACUUAUACAAAAGCAGGCCGAAAGGCGGGCUGAAAUGAGACGCGAGUUUCUUAAACAACGGACAAACCCUUGGAAACAUGCAGCCGAAGCUGGAUAUGUCUUCGACCCGGCCCACCAGAAAUUUAUAUCAAUGAAAGUCACCCAAUUCGACCGAUUCCAACCUAAUCGGAGAACAAGUCUAUUCGGAUUUUUCACGAUUAUUGUGCCCAUGGUAACUUACGGAUACUUUAUUUGGCACGAGAGAAACGGUCGUGAACAGAAGAUCAGAGCAGGAGAAGUACCGUACCGGGACAGGCUUUUCAAACUUUCUUAAUUAAUGUAUAGUUGAAAAAUGAUAGAAAAGUGCUUAGCAAGUGUAUAGAUCAUGGGCUUAUUGAAUAUAUUUAAUUUUAUUAUUUCAAA